CCUCACCUUGCUGCAGCUGUCUGAAGCAACACAACCAUGGCAGCCUCGGCUUCAGCAUACAAAGACCGGCAGUUUCUCGCCGUGAUUGGCGAUGAGGACACAGUAACGGGCAUGCUGCUCGCGGGCGUCGGCCACGUGACGCAGCCCCCAGACGCGCAGAAGAACUUCCUGGUCGUGGAUGCGAAGACGGAGAACAGCGCCAUCGAGGCAGCGUUCGACCGCUUCACGAGCGAGAGGAAGGAUAUCGCCAUUUUGUUGAUCAACCAGCACAUCGCCGAGAAGAUAAGACAGCGCGUUGAGACGUACACGGCCGCUUUCCCCUCGCUGCUCGAGAUCCCGUCCAAGGACCACCCGUACGACCCCGAGAAGGACAGCGUGCUCAAGAGGGUGCGCAGGUUAUUCGGAGAGUAAAUGUGCAGGUGUGUGAGCGCGUCGAGAUGGCUCCGGGUGAUGAGAGUGCGUAGCAUCAGCAAAUGAUAUCCACGUACAAACGCGUACCAUGAGCUACAUAUAUAUGUAUUGCGUGUCAUACGGGUUAACGCACGUUUAGGUGCGGCGGAGGUACAUGG